AUGGAGUAUAACUUCUUCUCCUGCUUCACCUUUUUCCUCAUCAUCUACAUAACUGCUGCUGGUGGAAAUGUCACUCUGACACUGAACCCGGCAACGAACAUUGAAGCUGGUAAUUGGCUGUUUGAAAACAAUGUCAUGGUGUUUUGGUACCCGGGAAAUUUCAUACUGGAAGGCAGCUCUCCAGGUCGGGUGUCAUUCAACUCUUCCAGUCUCCAGCUCUCCCUGUGUUUCCUACAAGUGAAUGAUUCUGGUCGCUACACACUCCAAGGUGCGAUCCCACCUUUACGAGCAGAAGUUGCACUGUCUGUUCAGGAGCCUAUCACAAAUGUAUCUCUGGCAGUGAGUCAGACCAAUCUGGUAGAGUUUAAUGACAGUGUUACAUUCACCUGCUCCGCCCACGGAACACCGUUGGAAUUCUCAUGGCGCAACAGAAGCUCUGAGCUCACGAGUGGGGGCAGUGUUCAGCUUAGUAGUGAUGGACGUAUUCUUACUAUUACCAAUUUGACAAGAUAUGACCAGGGUCCUUUCACCUGCAUCGUGGCAAAUGGUAUCAGUAAUGGAACAAGUGGGACUAUUUACCUCAAGAUCAGCUAUGGUCCCAGUAAUCUGACAAUGAUAGUCAUACCAAAGAAGACUGGGUACAUUUCAGGAUCAAACAUCACUCUGACCUGCUCUGCUGAUUCCAGUCCCCCAGCUUUGUUCCUCUGGUCCAACAAUAAUGUAUUUCUUAAUACAUCUGGACAAAGCUUGCAGCUUACAAAUGCAUCUCAGAACCAAACAGGAAGCUACACUUGCAUUGCCCACAAUACAGUCACUCUCAGAUACACUACAACCAACAAAACCAUCCUCAUCCUUGACCCAGUAUCAUUUGCUACAGUGCUGCCUUCUAGCAACCAGCCCAUCUUCAACAUGUCCUUCACUCUGAGUUGUGACAUCAUUGGUCCUGUGGACUCCACUUACUGGGAGAAGAAUGGCCUGUACCUGCAUUCUGACAGCAGGAUCUUCCUCUCCAACCAAAACAAGACACUCACACUCACCCAGCUCACUCUCCCUGAUGAUGGAGAUUACCAGUGUGUAGCCAGCAACUCUGUGAGCAACAUGACCAGUGGGUCCUACAGACUGAUGGUCAACUAUGGACCAUGGAACACCUCAGUUUCUGGUCCAGCCAUUGCAGCAGUAUUGUCUUCAGUGUCACUGAACUGCUGUGCCUCCUCUCAACCUCCCAGUGAAUACACCUGGUACUUCAAUGGCUCAAAGGUGGCAGAGGGCACCACGUAUAUGACUGGAGCUCUCUCAUUGAACAACAGUGGAGAAUACACCUGCAUAACCUACAAUAACAUCACAAGCAGGAGUGGCAAGGCCACAUGGAACCUAUCUGUCAUUGACAUAAUAUCAUCUGCAAUGGUGCUGCCUUCUAGCAACCAGCCCAUCUUCAACAUGUCCUUCAUUCUGAGUUGUGACAUCGUGGGUCCUGUGGACUCCACUUACUGGGAGAAGAAUGGGCUGUACCUGCAUUCUGACAGCAGGAUCUUCCUCUCCAACAAAAACAAGACACUCACACUCACCCAGCUCACUCUCUCUGAUGAUGGAGAUUACCAGUGUGUAGCCAGCAACUCUGUGAGCAACAUGACCAGUGGGUCCUACAGACUGAUAGUCAACUAUGGUCCAUGGUCCUCUACAAUUUCUGGCCCAGACAUAGCAGAGGUAGGCUCGAGUGUGACACUGAACUGCUCUGCCCCCUCUCGACCUCCUUGUGAAUACACCUGGUACUUCAGUGGCUCCAAUGUUGCAAAGGGCCCCGUGUUUGAGACCGGAGUUCUUUCAUUAAACAGCAGUGGACAAUAUACCUGCAUGGCCCACAAUAACAUCACAAACAGAAGCAGCAGUGCUACAUGGAACCUAACUGUCAUUGAGGGCAUCUACUCCGUGGUGGUGACUCCAAGCAUGCUCAUUCCUCUGGCAUCCAAAGAUCUGCAGCUCUUCUGUAACAUAACAGGUUUUUACAGCAGCAUUCAGUGGCUUAAAGAUGGCCUGAAAUUCAAUACAACACGCACUGCCACUGUUUCUAUGGACAACACCACUCUGGCCUUCCAACCUCUGCUGAUUAUCGAUGAUGGGACAUAUCAGUGUGCUGCAAAAAAUGCAAUUGGAAAUCACGUUAGUAAAUCGUACAAGCUAACUGCUAACUAUGGGCCCAUGAACCUGAUGAUUACAGUUGAAGUGGGGAAUGACAUUACACUGACCUGUGAUGCAAAGUCUCAGCCACAGAGUGUUUAUUACUGGAUUGUCGACAACGGCACUGAUGUUCGAGAGGGGGCCAAAAUAAUCAUCUCCAUGUCGGCCCUGGGCAACAACUAUACCUGUGUGGCCAGAAACCCGCUGACCAAUGUCACACUCUCUGGUGUCUACAUUAACUCAGAUCCCAGUGCAGUGGUCCCUCUUCAAGCUAGUGUACUGCUGACUACCAGCCUUGUGUUUAUUCUUGCUGUGUCAAUGUUGUAA